AUGAAUACCUCGGAUAUUUACUAUGAUGGUGGGCGCUUCCAACUGCAGUCACCGGAAGAGUAUGACUAUAACCCGCCCUCCUGCCGCUACAGCCGUGACACCGAGCGGGUACGGAUCCCCAUGCCCCCUUGUGCCUCUGUCGAACACCGGAGCAAGGGGACUUUACUGCCCUACGAUCUAUCUCCCUGCCAGUACUCGAGUCCUGUUCAGACACAUACCCAGGACCAGGAAUACCUGACAGUUCAGGGUCGUGUACCGAACGACUACCACCCAGGAGACAGCCAAGUGGUGGAGGGAGAGUCCCCGGCACAAGUGACAUUCCCCUGGAUGAGGAGCUCCAGAGUUCACUCAUACCAAUCACUCCCAGGUGGUUAUACCCAGAACGGGGACGAACCCAAGCGGAGCCGCACAGCGUAUAGCCGGGCUCAGUUAUUGGAGCUGGAGAAGGAGUUCCUCUUUAACAAGUAUAUAUCCAGGCCUCGCAGAUACGAACUGGCCACCACACUUAAACUGACCGAGAGACACAUCAAAAUCUGGUUCCAGAACCGGCGGAUGAAGUGGAAAAAAGAAGAAACGAAAAAACGAAGUCCCUCUGACCACCAUGAACCGGAGUCUUCCAAUAAGGAUUGA